UAUCAUUAUUUAGUUUACGAUGAGCUUCAACAACUGAAAGUUCUUUCGUCACAAGAGAGAUAAUGAGAGUUAUCUCUUAUAAAUCGACAAAGCGAUCUUGUUUUCUAAAAACAAAUCUUUAUGAAUAUUGUGCCUAAGUGACGUCUAGUGUAUAAAAUGUGGCAGAAAAUUGUUAAAUUUGAACUUUCUAGGGUGAUUGUCGUUGGAUCUCGAAGAUGGAAGAGUCAAGCUGUAAGAAAAAUGGACAAGCUGCUGAUAGCAAACAGGGGUGAAAUUGCAUGUAGGAUAAUGAAGACUGCCAAACGUUUAGGGGUUAAAACAGUGGCUGUCUACAGCGAAGCUGAUAAGAAAUCUCUGCAUGUUGAAAUGGCAGAUGAAGCAUACCACAUAGGUCCAGCGCCAAGUGCUCAGAGUUAUUUGAGAGGAGAUUAUAUAAUUGAAAUUGCCAGCAGAUCUAAGUGUUCAGCUAUUCAUCCAGGUUACGGCUUUCUUUCUGAAAAUGUUGAAUUUGCAGAGAGUUGUGAGAAGAAUAAUGUUUUAUUUGUUGGUCCACCAGCAUCUGCCAUAAGGGAUAUGGGAAUUAAAAGCACAUCCAAGGCUAUCAUGUCGAAGGCUGGAGUACCUGUAAUUGGUGGAUACCACGGCGAAGACCAAUCCGUGGAAACUUUACGGAAGGAAGCAAUCAAAAUUGGCUUUCCCGUGAUGAUAAAAGCAGUCAGAGGUGGUGGGGGUAAAGGCAUGAGAAUCGCUUUGACCGAAUCGGAAUUCGAGGAUGCCUUGGAAUCGGCAAAGACCGAAUCGCAAAAGGCGUUUGGAGAUUCUGUGGUGCUACUAGAGAAGUUUAUACAGGAACCCAGACAUGUAGAAGUCCAGGUGUUCGCUGAUAAGUAUGGCAACGCUGUACAUUUGUUCGAGAGGGAUUGUUCGGUGCAAAGGAGACACCAGAAGAUCAUAGAAGAAGCUCCAGCACCAGGAGUUUCGAAAAAACUCAGAGAUGCUUUGGGCAAAGCUGCAGUUCAAGCAGCAAAAGCUGUAGGAUACGUGGGAGCAGGCACUGUAGAAUUCAUCCUAGACAGAAAAACCCACGAUUUUCACUUCAUGGAAAUGAAUACUCGCCUUCAAGUAGAGCAUCCUAUCACAGAAAUGAUUACAGGCACUGAUCUGGUUGAAUGGCAGCUUAGAGUUGCCUCUGGAGAAGAGUUACCUCUCAAUCAAGACGAGAUAAAGCUGAGUGGGCACGCUUUUGAGGCUAGAAUUUACGCGGAGAACCCUAGGGAAGGCUUUUUACCUGGUGCUGGGCAUCUCACAUAUCUUGCAACUCCAUCAGGAUCAAAGAACGUCCGUAUAGAAACAGGAGUUAGAGAAGGAGAUGAUGUAUCAGUGUUUUAUGACCCCAUGAUUGCAAAAUUAGUGGUAUGGGGAGAGGACAGAUCAGAAUCUCUUAAUAGGUUACGCGAAAAUUUAUUGGAAUACAAUAUUGCAGGCUUAGAAACCAAUGUUAACUUCCUGUUGGUCCUUAGCAACCACAAAGAAUUCAAGAAGGGUCACGUUCACACGAAUUUCAUCAGAGAUCAUCAUGAUAGUUUAUUCCCUUCAGAAAAAAUCACGGAUAAUGAAAAAAUUCAAGCAGCUCUUUCCACCAUACUGCUUGAGAGAAGCAAAGAUGAACAGAAGGCAAAAGAAAACAGAGAUGCUUUCAAUCCCUUUGUCUUAGAAUCAAACUUCAGGGUGAACCAUUCUCACGUACGGAAUGUUAAGAUUGCAAUGGAUAAGGAAGUGAUAGAGGUGGAGGUGAAAUUUGUCGACCCAAAAAAUUUUGAAGUUUCUUUUGGUAGCGGGAGACCUUCCCAUAAUGUUUCUGCUGAGUUGAAGACUGUAAAUGGAAGAAGUUUUCUGGAAACCGUAGUAGAUGAUCACAAAUCGAGAUGCACCGUUUUUCUCUUUGAGGAUAAAAUAGUUCUUUUUAAUGAAGGAGGCAAAAAGCAGUUCAGUUUACCCCACUUAUACAAGCAAACAGAAGAAGAAGAAGAUUCGAUAUCAACUUCCGACAAAGCCAAAUCUCCAAUGCCAGGUAUACUCGAUAAGAUCUUCGUUAGUGAGGGAGAUUCAGUCAAAAAAGGAGAUAACCUUUUCGUUUUGAUAGCCAUGAAGAUGGAACAUGUAGUAAAGGCACCAAGAGAUGCUACAGUGUCCAGUGUUCACUUUAGACCAGGCGACAAUGUUGCCAAGGAUGCUGCAGUCGUUGCUUUUAGUGAAGAUGUUUAAUUUGUAUCUCUAUUUUUUUUAUAAAUAAAGAUAAGAUCCCAA